UAGUCCUCGAUGUAGUCCAUUCUGAGGGAUCCUUCUAUUGUUCAUUAUUAGUCGUAAUAGCAUUUUUCGUAAGUGCCAAUGACAGAAUGCCCUCUCGCAUCGGUAUUUGACCUAGCAGGACAUGUUCAGAUCACAUCGAAGAUGUCAGAGAGUCUAGCUCGAAGAAGCAUUUGUUUAUUAUUUGUUUACAUGGGAGCUUAGUUGUUCUAGGUGUAUGUUUGUGAACUUCGCAGAGAAGUAUAUGUCAACAGCAUUUAACGUGAAGUAAUAGGUCAAUAGUGCUUACAAUGCACCAUUCAAUGAAACUUCCUGUCUCACCUAUCGUGGACAAGAUGUUUUCACGAUAUUCGAAUUUUUGUGUUUCUAAAGUUAAAAGUGCUGCGGGAAGUCGGGCAUACAGCGUUUGUGCAAACAGAACUUAUUCUGGCGUUGAGUUGGACCAUUUACACCAAGAGAAAAAAUGUGGGCUUUUCUUGUUUAGUAUGGGAAGAAACAAAUGUUGUCAGCGAAGGUCCCUCUCCUCACAAUUUACACCGGAAAUCGCGCCUCAUCCUCCCAUGGUUUUAAAAUUCCUGUCCGAAAGCAGCCCAGUGCUUUUUGCUCAAGAAAACCUAGUCCUUCUUCACGAUCUGACAUGUCUACCGUGGUGGGCCACGAUCAUUUCUUCAACUAUCAUACUCCGCACAGCAGUAACAUUACCACUUGCUGUGUAUCAGAAUCAUGUACUAGCCAGAUAUGAAAACAUACUUCAAGAAAUGCCUGCUAUUGUAAAGGAAUUGAAAGCAGAGACGGCGUACGCUGUGAAAAAAUUCCAGUGGACAGAAAAGCAAGCAAGAGUAGUAUAUAACCGCUCAUUGCGGAAGCAGUUAAAAAAGUUAAUUAUAAGGGAUAACUGUCAUCCAGCCAAAGCAUCAUUACUAGUGUGGGUUCAGAUUCCAAUGUGGAUUUGUUUGUCGGCAUCUCUGAGGAAUUUGGUGUACAUGUUACCACAGCAUUCAGUAGAUGCCGAGAUAAAUUUUGUUCAACUUACUAAGGAGGGAUUGCUCUGGUUCUCAGAUCUUACUUUGCCUGAUUCAACUUUCAUAUUGCCAUUAAUUUUUGGCAUGACAAAUCUUGCCAUUAUUGAGAUUGUGUCACUCUCAAAGGUUAAAACUCCUGGAAAAUUGCAGAAAUUUAUUACAAAUUUUUUCAGGGUUCUUACAAUAGGAAUGACUGCAAUAGCAACACAGGUGCCUUCUUGCUUAACAGUUUAUUGGGUAACGUCCAGUUUCUACGGCUUGGUGCAAAACAUAGUUCUUAUGUCACCACGUGUCAAGAAAUUCUUUAGAAUACCAGAAACCCCUUCCCAACUAAAACAUCCAUACAGGCAUAUUUACAAGCGCUUAAGGGAGAAAGUAGAUAAACUGUUUACUUUUGGAACACAAGUGUCAAAGGAGAAGUAGCACACUUGUUUUGUGAUACAGGUUUUCAAAGAGAGGAAGAGAACCCACCCAUGAAGAAAUAUUACUAUAUGUUGAAAUAGAUACUGGUACAGUGACUGGUGUAAUGUAAGUUGUGAAUGGGCA